AGGACUCUGUGGGCUUCGUGGUCCCCCGUGUCUCUGGGGGUUAUGUUGCCGGUGUGGGUCGGAGCAUUGUGGCUGUUGAUUGGUCAACUGAGAUGAUGACAUCACUGUUGGAGGUGGACGAGGACAAACCGACCAAUCGGCUGAACGACGGGAAGGUGGACGGUGCGGGACGCCUGCUGGCAGGUACGAUGGGGAAGGAGCAGCGACCGGCUGAAGUUGAGAAAGGACGAGGAUCUCUGUUCUCUGUGUCCUCUGACCUCACUGUUACCAGACACCUGAGACAGGUGGACAUCUCUAACGGGUUGGACUGGUCUUUGGACCAAAAGACGUUUUUCUACAUCGACAGUUUGUCUCUGAGCGUCGACGCGUUUGACUACGACCUGGAGACAGGAGACAUCAGUAACCGGCGUGUGGUGUACCGGUUGCAGGAGGGGGAGGGGCUUCCUGAUGGGAUGGCGGUGGACGCUGACGGCCGUCUCUGGGUGGCGUGUUACAACGGAGGACGAGUCAUCAACAUCGACCCCGCGACGGGUGUGCGUGUGCGCAGCGUUUCUCUUCCUGUGAUGAAAACUACUUCCUGUUGUUUUGGGGGUCCAGGAUACUCUGACCUCUACGUGACCUCCGCCAGUCUGGGCCUCGACCAAUCAGAGCGCAGAGAGCAGCCGCUGGCCGGACACACCUUCAGGGUAACAGGACUUGGGGUUAAAGGUCGUCCUUCAAACUCGUUUUCUGGAUGAUCUUCAAACAGCCAAUCACAGUGCAGAUCACUGGAUCUUCUAAAUAACCCAGCCAAUCACAGCACAGAUCACUGGACCCUCUAAAUAACCUAAAUGGUGAAGUGACAGCAAAUCAGAAACUAGCAAUGCCUAUGUUAAUGUUAACUAACAUGUUAGUUAGCAGUAAUUAGCCUGUGUCCAUGUUAAUGUUAACUAGCAUGUUAGUUAGCAGUAAUUAGCCUGUGUCUAUGUUAAUGUUAACUAGCAUGUUAGUUAGCAGUAAUUAGCCUGUGUCUAUGUUAAUGUUAACUAGCAUGUUAGUUAGCAGUAAUUAGCCUGUGUCUAUGUUAAUGUUAACUAGCAUGUUAGUUAGCAGUAAUUAGCCUGUGUCCAUGUUAAUGUUAACUAGCAUGUUAGUUAGCAGUAAUUAGCCUGUGUCCAUGUUAAUGUUAACUAGCAUGUUAGUUAGCAGUAAUUAGCCUGUGUCUAUGUUAAUGUUAACAAACAUGUUAGUUAGCAGUAAUUAGCCUGUGCCUAUGUUAAUGUUAACUAGCAUCUUAGUUAGCAGUAAUUAGCCUGUGCCUAUUAUUGACAAUAAUUAUAAAAUGCAAAUGAGCUAUCCACUAAUUGAAUACACCCAGAUAAAGGGUUAAUGUUUCCUUUCCU